AGCUUCACGCUCCUACAGUUAGCUUGCAGCAGCAGGUCACUGCUGAAAAAAGUUGCGUUUUGUUAGCUAUGAGAUUACUCUCAUCGGUAUGAUUGCGCGGUGGUGUGUAUUAGCCCUGCCUACACUCUCGGAGUUCAACUAGUGCAGUCAGCAGAAUCUUCAAAUGCAUUUCUUUUUUUCUAACUUUAUUCAUGGGACGUUUGAAAAAUCGGUUAUAGCACGCUAGUUUGUUUUUCCCUCUCAAUAGUUUCGCGAAUUCGGGAUGUUCUCAUCCUCAUCAUGGAGACAAAACGAGGGGAGAUUCCCACCGGUGUAUUGGACGACCUCUGCAGCCGAUUCAUUCUCCACAUUCCCAGUGAAGAGAGGGACAAUGCCAUCAGAGUUUGCUUCCAGAUUGAACUUGCCCACUGGUUUUACCUGGACUUCAGUAUGGAAAAUUCACCAGGAUUACCUCAGUGUGGGAUAAGAGAUUUUGCCAAAGCUGUGUUCAAUCAUUGUCCUUUUCUGUUGCCGCAUGGAGAGGAUGUUCAGAAGGUUCUUGAGCAAUGGAAAGAAUACAAAAUGGGUGUCCCCACAUAUGGUGCAAUUAUUCUUGAUGAAACUCUUGACAAUGCGCUGCUGGUGCAGGGGUACCUGGCCAAGUCCGGCUGGGGCUUCCCCAAGGGGAAGGUGAACGAGGACGAGGCCCCCCACGACUGCGCCGUGCGGGAGGUCCUGGAAGAGACGGGUUUCGAUAUCCGGGACCGCAUCUGCAAAGACACGUACAUCGAGCAGAAAAUCACUGAUCAGCUGGCCCGCUUGUACAUAAUCCCUGGAGUUCCGCGGGACACCAAGUUCAACCCCAAAACGAGAAAGGAAAUCAGGAACAUAGAGUGGUUCCCCGUGGAGAAGCUCCCGUGUCACAGGAAUGACCUGACGCCCAAGUCGAAGCUCGGGCUGGCGCCCAACAAAUUCUUCAUGGCCAUUCCGUUCAUGAGGCCGCUCCGGGAGUGGAUCGCCAAGCGCAAGGGAGAGUCGUCGGAGAGCGACGAGGACGCCGCGUCCAACGGGAGCACUCCGUGCAAGCCGCUGAUGGACAAGAUCCGGCCCAGACCCCGGCGAAACCAGGUGCUGGCCGAGUCCUCUCCAGGGGACGCCUGGCCGAAACAGAAACAGCAGAAGCCGAUCGGCCAGACCGGCCAGUACGACCUCGCGGACGUCCUGAAAGUGAAGAAUCACAGCUUGAAGGGGAACGGGAAGAAGCACCAGGACCCCCCCAGUCUGAAAAAGAGGACAAACGGGGUGCCGAACGCCCAGCUGGGGAAGCUCCACCUGGGAGCGAAAGACGACAAGAGACUUCAGCCUCGCCGGCUUCAGGACAACUUUGAAACGGACGCGGCGUGCGACAUGAGCAGCUCCAACGACGAGCUGCCCGCCCGGCAGGCGGACUGCAACGGCGACUGCAACGGCGACUCGCUCACCUCCAGGUCGUUCCUCAGCUUCAAGUUCGACCGGGAGGCCAUCAUGAGGUCCUGCUUUGACUCGUGUUAAACGCCAGCCGUGGAUCUGCAGGGAAAGAAGCUCAAGGCUUUUUUAUUUCCUCUCUCCUCUGUCUGUCUCAGGAGUGGGCGGG